ACAACAUAAAACAAAGAGACAAAAAAAAAAAGAAAAAGCGGUGAAUCGAAUCAGACGCCACGUGGCACCGGCGAAUUUUCCGAUUUGGCUUGUCCGGCGAUAUUAUUUAGAGGUUUAUAUCAGUUGUUAUUUACAUUUGUUAGCAAGAGUUGAACUUUUCCUUUACCUGGCCUUGUCAACAGAAAUUGCAUCGCAUUGGAAGAUUGAAAAAUGCCUAAUGGGGAGGUUAAGAAAGUCUCACGUGAAGAUAUACAAGUGGUGCAAAAUCUCAUUGAAAGAUGUCUACAGCUUUACAUGAACCAGAAGGAAGUUAUUAGUACUCUCUUACAGCAGGCAAAGAUUGAGCCUGGUUUCACUGAACUUGUGUGGCAAAAGCUUGAAGAAGAAAACCAGGAGUUUUUCAGGGCUUAUUAUUUGAGGUUGGCAGUGAAGGAUCAAAUUCAGAGAUUCAAUGACUUGCUUGAGAGACAGGUUGAGUCAAUGCAUAUGUUUGCAACUGGAUCCAUUCCCGUGUCUAAUGGAUCUCAGCUUCGACCAGUGCCACAGAACUCAACACGUCAAGCAACAGAGCCUAAUGGAAAUCCUGAGAACAUGCACCAGACUAUUAAUGACAAUUCACCUCAUGUUUACACAAAUGGUGCGUCGUCAGUCCAAUCAUAUGCGCAAGCUGCUAUGGAUGUUUCUGCUCAUGCAAGAAGAAUUGAUGUAUCUUCAAACAUGCUAUUGUCUCAGAGUGUAAACGUGGGAAUGAUGCAAGGACCAAAUGGGGGGAUUUUCAGAUCAGCUGGUUAUUCAGGCGACUCUCACUUCUCAUAUGGUGGUGAGAACAAUGUCCUGCAGGCUCGUCCUGGAAUUGGGGAUCCAUCUAUUUCACCUUUCAGCAAUGUACAAUCAAACGUACAACCGUUGAAUGAGAAUGCCUUGGGUGCUGAUACUCGUUCCUUUGGUUUCUUGGGACGGAUUCCUCGAAACUUCAGUCUGUCGGACUUAACAGCUGAUUUUACCAACAGUUCUGAGAUUCUAGAGAGCUACUCUGGAUCAGCUUUCCUUGCAACAGAUACCAACUUUUUGGAUCCUCAGGGUAGGGGAGAACAUCAAGACACUAACGGGAUGGAUGCUAUAUCAGAAGGCUUGAGUUAUGAAGAUUUUGCCAGUGAUUGAAUGACUAUUCAGAUUACCAUUUUGCAAAGUUACCCUGACUGUGUAAUCUUAUCAGGUUUAGGGGGGUAUAGUAUGUUCGAGUAUCCUAGCUUAAUGUCCAUAGCAAAGCAAGUUGUGCAUUAGACUGUUUGCUGUUUGCUUUUUGUUAAACUGGUUGUAGCACCUAUUGGCUAUUGCCAUGGUUUUCUCUUUGUAUCGACUUCAAAGUUUGCUUGUCCAAUUGCUCGUGAAUAGAAUUGUGAAGUGAAAGUGCUUUGGUUUCUUUUGAAA